GCCAGUUGUUCCUGCUGUAUAGCUUAGGGUUCAGUAUCCACCCAAAAACACCCUCUUCUGUUGCCCUGGUAGCGGCUGGACUCUGAUGACCCCCUGUAGUCGGCACCCUGCCUGGCACAAGCCUAAUAUGAUCCAGGAUUGUGGCGCUUUGCGCUGGACCCUCGCACAACAGACGCCGCGUCUUUACGGUUUUGGGGCGCCGGCUGAAGCCGAGGAAAUCAUGGAGUAAUGCAGCGUUAGACGGGGGAAGACUCGGAGAGAUAUCUGUGCCUGCAGUGAAACUGGACAAACCGCCAGCAGCCAUGAAGUGCCCUGGACUUUCAGAUAUCCAGCGUCUAAUGAUAAGCCUGGAGAACAGCCUGCAGUUAGAAGACACCAAGUGGAAGGUGCCUGUUUUUGAAGGCGGUACUCUCAAGGGCACAGAUAUCUCUCUGACACAUUAUGAGCAGGCAGUCCUGUGGAUGGAAGAAGUGACGUUGCGCUUUCAUUUUUAUCCAGAAACAUUUGGUCUGGCUGUCAGUAUUCUUAAUCGCAUUUUGGCAUCAGUAAAGGCCCAGGUGAAGUACUUGCGUUGCAUUACAGUCGCAUGCUUGUUCCUUGCAGCAAAAACCAGUGAAGAAGAUGAGGUAAUACCUUCCGUCAAGAAACUGGCAGUGCAGAGUGGGUGCAUGUGUUCCUCCGCUGAGAUUCUGAGAAUGGAAAGGAUUGUGCUGGACAAGCUGCAGUGGGAUCUAUACACUGCCACACCUGUGGACUUUCUGAACACAUUCCAUGCCAUGUUGAUGUCCAACUUGCCUCACCUCUUCCACAGUCUUUCUCAGAUGAAUCCGUCCCACCACUUGGCGCUUUUGACUAGACAGCUCCAGCAAUGCAUGGCAUGUCACCACUUAGUGCAGUUCAGAGGCUCCACAUUGGCUCUGGUCAUUAUUACCUUGGAGUUGGAGAAGCUGACUGCCGAUUGGUUCCCUGCCAUUACUGAGCUGUUGAAGAAAGCAAAGGUUGACAGUGCCAAGUUUAUUCUUUGUAAAGAACUGGUUGACCAGCAACUUGGAAUGCUUUCUCCACCCAACCAUGUCUAUGUUUUCAUCUCUGCCAAAAGGGACCCUCCGGCCUAUCGCAAGGAGAAAUCCUCUGCCUGUUCCCCCGCAGGGUGUUUUCCACAGCCAAUAAGCAUGAACACCGAAGUUCCAGAAGUUCUUCUCUCUGCCAGGAAGCAAGCUGAAGAAGAAAUCAUGGAGACCGAGUUUUAUGAUGGUUUCCGGUAUCUGUAUAAUGAAGAAAGUGUUUCCGAGGAUAGACGGAUAAAGGAGAUGGUCACGGGCAAGCUCCAAGAAGCCAGCUGUCCGUGCCCCGUCUUACAGGCUCCUGGGCAAGAUCAGUAACUAUCGUGUUGGGCUCGUUAUUCAAAGCAGGGGAACCUUGCUAACGGCCUUACUUUUCCUUUAGGAAAUGCUGUCUUCCUUUCAUCUUGCCAAAUCCAAGUCUCUUUGCCAAAUAUGAGUGUUCUUAUUGCCUCUGGUUCUAAUGCUAGCUGUACAGUAAUAUACUGUGCACUUCUCUAGGUACAUAUGUCAGUCAUAUUAUGAGGCGAUGCAUAAAGAUUUCUCCUGGUACUGUUUGCUAAAGUCCUUUCUUUAUUCUUGUGCGAUCUGGUAUCCAAUUAGGAUUUGCCAUGACUUCUGCUAGUAACAACAACAGUCUAUACACAUUGACACUGCCGUGUUUUUGCAAUAGAACCAGAAAUGGACACGCAGGGACUGCCUAUCAUUAUACAGAGGAAUAAAUAUGGUGCAAGGAAAGGUUUCAGGUGAAUACAGAGCAUUGUGGGAAAUGAAAAGAAUGCCGGUCCCUUUUGAUGCAAUUUGGGCAAUGCUAUGAUGCCUUCUUGUGAGACCAAUUGCUUCAAAGGCAACAUAUCCUGAUACUGACUAUUUAAAUGCCUUUUGUGUGACAGAUUUACAUUGAUAUGCUCAUUUUAUUAAUAUUUUUCAGAAAAAAGAGCUUAAUCUUUUUUUAUAUGUAUUUAUAUGCAAUAUAAGAGAGGGAAUGUUUCCUGUCUUUGUAUCUGCCAUCCCCAAGGGUCCAAUAUUUGUUUUGUAAAGGGACCCAAAAAUGAAUAUGCCAUGCAGCAGUGUUUUAAUUUGUGUGUAGAAGAGGACGAAUUCUAGUUCAGCUCCUGCAAGGCAGCAGUUUGCACAGACCUUAUGUGUUCUUAUAUUCUAUUAUAUAUAUCUAUUUUAUAAAAAGAGGAAUUUCUGUAAAAUCUGCCCGGAUUUGGUCAGGCAGUUUUUCCCCAGUUUCGCGCUACCGUAUUGUUUCGGCAUGUCGCCUUGGGUAUCAGUUUCCACAUGCCAGCCUAUUGGAUCACAGUUGAUCCGUCCAAUAAAUUUAAAUUUUAUUUGUGUAAUGUACCAUUAGAUGCUAUAUGCAGCGGCAGACCCAAUAGUUUGGGCCAUUGGCUUGAUCAGACAGAGCAGUAAAAUUGUGGCCAUCCUCGUGAACAGCCACUUUUUCACAAUAUUUGUCUAUCUGGAAUGCUGGCCAACUAAUUGGAUAUGUGUAUGGCCUUGUUUAGUGCACCAUAAGUUUCUUAUUAUCUAAAAGGACCAAAUUGCUUUGUGUGUUGGAUAAAAUGCGUAUGGCAUGUGCAGCUUCAGUUUUUGUGUUUUUUUUUUUUUUUGUUGUUGUGAUUUUCAUUUUGAAGUGUGUUCAGUUUGGUGUAUUAUAUUGAUGUGUGAAUGUUUGAGCCAUUGUUUGGCAACUCCAGUGGUUUUUGGAUUGGGGGGUGAUCGACCUACUUUUGUGUUUUUUAUUGUUCUUUAUUGCAUAUCAUAAAGAUUUAUUAUUAUUAUAACAUUGGCGCAUUCGAUUCUUUGAAAAAAAAAGGAUUGGUCCACUUCUGAAUCCUUCAAAAAGUUCGAUUUGGCCGAAACCUGAACAGAAUCCUGAAUUUGGCGCAUCCCUAUUAUAAUAUGAAUAUGCAAAAUGUUAAUGCAGUAUCACUGUUCAUAGAAUUUGGGCAAGACUCAAAUGAAUUAUUUUUUUGAGGAAGCUGGAAGAAAAUUGUAUCCAAGGUACUGAAUUAUAUCUCGUCUUAAAUGUGAAAUUGGCAGCUUUGUAAAGGGAUGUCCAGAGGCUGACCAGGAAUGCUGGGAGCUGUAAAUCAGAAAACAGGAGGACAGCACGCUGGAUUUCCUUGGAUUACAAUGACUUAUUACUGGCAGGUGAAGAACUGCCAGCUACAAACUGUGAUCACUUUCAUGGGAUCUGUGCUUUCCUCUAUUUUUCUCACGUUGUCAAUGCAGUAAACGGUUUCAGGCAUGUUCGGUGAAGAUUGUGAACUGCCAAAUCUCCAACUGUGUGCCCUCAUGUUAUAAAUACUUCUUUAUUUAUUUCCCAGUUAAUGACAGCGACAAAUACUGCACUUUUCCUUUAUCACAUAACUGUGAGUCUCCUGCCAACUCCGUAACGCAGGUGCUAAUGUGCUACUUCUGGUUUAACCAAAUGCUGUAUUACGUGAGUUUUGUUUUUGUUUUCUUUUUUUAAAGAAAAAUACAAAUAAACGUUUUUGUUUUUUA